UCAAGGAGUAAAUCAGUUCGGACUCGGGCUGGGAGGCUUCAGACCGCACUGGUCAACCAGCAGGAACAUUAUUAACGCAGCUACCUUUAAUGCUUCUCAGAGACUUUAAAAACCUGCAGAUAUCCUGCAGGUGUCAGCGGUGCGUAAAAGUGUAGCCCGACAAGUCGUGCGUAAAAGUUUCCCCUUCCCUUCGGAGACCAUGCGCAGCUUCUCGGAGCCACGCGCCUUUCCAGCGCGAGGCGGAGAUGCAGCCUGUCUCGGGACUAUCUUGGCCUCAUCCGUUCCUGGUUCUGAUGCCAGCGCGGCCCCUGUGAGCCACACGGCGUGCCCGGAGCAGUCUCCGGUUCUGUACAGGCCUCUUGACACUCUGCAGAAAGAGGAAACGACAGAGGAGAGAGAGCCCAAAGUUUAUCUGGAAGCCAGCGACCUUUGGACACAGUUCCACAAAUGCGGCACUGAAAUGGUCAUUACAAAAUCUGGGAGGUACAGUUAAAGUGCAAUUAUUGCGCAUGGAUGAACAGUUAGAGAGUUGGACGGGGCUUUAAUCAAUCUUGUGUCUGUCUUCUCCUGCAGGCGCAUGUUCCCGCCGCUCAGGGCCCGCUGCACCGGGAUGGACACAGAAGCCAAGUAUAUUUUCCUGAUGGACAUCGUGACGGCUGAUGACUGCAGAUAUAAGUUCCACAACUCCCGCUGGAUGGUGGUGGGGAAGGCGGACCCGGAGAUGCCCAGACGCAUGUACAUCCACCCGGACAGCCCGGCCCCGGGCGAGCACUGGAUGUCCAGAGUGGUCAACUUCCACAAACUCAAGCUGACCAACAACAUCUCCGACAAGCAUGGAUUCACCAUUCUGAACUCGAUGCACCGAUACCAGCCCCGGUUCCACAUCGUGCAGGCCAGCGACGUGCUGAGCCUCCCCUACAGCACCUUCAGAACCUAUGCAUUCUGGGAGACGCAGUUCAUCGCAGUCACAGCCUACCAAAACCACGAGAUAACGCAGCUGAAAAUAGACAACAAUCCUUUCGCGAAGGGAUUCAGAAACACGGGCAAUGGAAGAAGAGAAAAGAGCUGGCAGAUAAAUGAAGCCGAGUAA